AUGACUAAUAGCCGUUUCUUCUCCAUGUUCACGAUCAUCAAUAUCGCAGUUGUUUCUUGCUUCCUUUUCAUCAGCUUCGGCGCUACAACCAGCAGCGGUGCGGCUAUUUCGUGCAGCGACGUGAGCGUCAAGGCAGGGCCAUGCAUGGAUUACGCCCAAAUAAAGGUGGGCAAUAUAGUCCCUCCGGCAUGCUGCGAUUGGCUGAAAGCAACUUUUGUUGAAGCCGGACCCUCCGUCGACGACAAGAAGAAUUCCUGUAUGUGCCUCAAAGCUGCUCUCGGGGAUACCACAGGUUUGAGGGAUAAAAGGUUGAAAAAAAUCCCACGCCUUUGUGGAGUUACACUCCCUUUCAUGCUCCGCAAGAAGCCCAACUGUGAUAGGUACGUAAUUCUACAUAUACAUUCGUUACUCGGUACCAAAUAUUUAUAG